GUAAACAUUUAGAACUAGGUAACCUUCAUGGUCACAGAUGAUCAGGCAACAUGUAAUUUCGGUUUACUAACUGAUAGUGUUACCCUCCCCCUGCUAGUCUGCUAAACGAGGUCCAGAGAGAGAUGGACGAUAUUGUGGACCUCAUCCCAUUCAUCAAGGCGUAUGUUCUUCCUGCUACAUCCUCUAGCCUGUCCACAUCUUCCACUGACAGCGAGGCUGCAACAGCUAGUCCUGGGACGCGGCGCUCACCCCGCAAUUCUGCCAUUGGUGAUAAACAGGAUGCUGUCUCUGAUGAUUUGUCUGAGAGCCAAGCUCUAUGUAACCACCUGAAGAUUGGGCAGAUGCUUCGGGGAAAUGGUGGCCAUGGCAACAAGAAAUCUUCAACCUUUGGAGGAGUGAUAUUAAAGAGGCCACGUGGAAGGCCAAGACGGGCCCAGAGUCAGAACAGGAAGUUUGGAGUGAAGGAAAUGAAAAGAUGGCUCCAAAAGCAUUACCAGAGGCAUCCCGACAGCUAUCAGUCUGUUGCAAAAAUAAUGUUGGAGGCCAACCGGGAGGUCAAGGUCAAGGUCACCAGCAAGAAGGUCAUCCAGGGGGUAAAGGCCGUCUUCCCAGAGUUAAAAACAAAGGAAUGUGAUGGGAAUGUGUAUGGGUUCAACGGAAUCAUUUCUAAAAAACUAUUGCCCAGACCAAGGAAAAAUGAAAACCUUAAUCCCCCUCCACUCCUGAAGAGACAGCCUCCAAAAAAGCAACUCUGACAAAGAAAAUGAACUCUG